ACAUGAAAAUGUUCUUGUAUGAUGACCAUAGUUUUUUUGGAUUUUACUCUUUUGUCCCCUGAACAUAUUUUGUUAAACAUUAGACAGAGCAAAGUGUGUGCUGUUCAGGCCAAAGAGUUUGGUUGAAGUGUCUUUCUGUCUACCCAGGUGGUGAUAGCUUUUUGAAGAUGACCAACUUAACUGUGCAGUGGUGGCACUUCACCUCCCCGAUGAUCCAACACAAGUGGUGGCUUUAUACCUGCAUGAGAAGUGGUGGUGCAUGGAUGAUGUUUUACGAACAUCCGACAAAUCCAGGAAUGGCUUGGUGUUGGUGCAGUCGAUCAUGGAGAGGGUGAUUGUCUUCUUGCUCAGUCAGGUAGUGGAGAGAUCUUCACAGGAGGAGGCGCUGUUUUCCCUGCAUCCCCGCACAGAGAGCUGCAAACUGCUGUGGAGAGACAGCCAGGCAGUCGGCUUCUACACUGUCAAACACAAAGUGUGCAAGAGGUUUGCGCAGCAGCACAAGGAACAUCGGGAGCGUCUGUAUGAAGUGGAGGCUCCAGGGGACUGAGCUCAGUGUCGAAACAUCUGGCUCAUCAUCCAGCUAGGCCACUAUGUCCUCAGUAUUAACGAGGAGAACAGCCCAACAUUAGGAGAAACAUUGCGGAAUGAAGCAGACAACUCGUCUGAGGGUAAGAAUCUCAAUUUUUCACAGCCCUCUUGCUGUUAA